GCGGCCGCGAGAGCGGCACGUGGGGCUCGGGGGCGGGGUUUGUUUUCCGCUCCCGCUCGGCCGCGAGCGCGGUCACGUGAGGCGCGCGCCAUGGCGGCUCCGGCGGACGGCGCCGACCUGGAGGCCUCGCUGCUGAGCUUCGAGAAACUGGACCGCGCCUCCCCGGACCUGUGGCCCGAGCAGCUUCCCGGCGUUGCCGAGUUCGCCGCCUCCUUCAAAAGCCCAAUUACAAGUUCUCCUCCCAAGUGGAUGGCUGAAUUAGAAAAUGAUGAUAUUGAUAUGCUGAAGGAGUUGGGAAGCCUUACUACAGCUAAUCUGAUGGAAAAAGUUCGUGGCCUGCAGAACCUGGCUUAUCAACUGGGACUGGAUGAAUCCAGAGAAAUGACUCGAGGGAAAUUCCUGAACAUCCUAGAGAAACCCAAAAAGUAGCUGCAUCUAACAUUUGGAUGAAAAUACCCCAACUAAGUAAUUUCAUGUACUGCAGAUCCAGAUGAAGCCCAGAAAGUCUAAGAAGAACAAAGCUCUUGCUCUAGACCUUCAGAAGCAAGCAUCUCUUUUUGCUUCCACAGCUCAUCUCUUUAUGGGGGAAAUGUACAAUAUGCACAGGUCACAGGGACUGCAGUUGGUUGCAUUGGAAUUUGGACUUCAUCUGACCAUAGGAUGUCCAGCAGGAGGACUUGGCCCUGCAUGCUGUGACACAGUUACCUGUUUCAAUCAGCAGUUCAAAGUGAACAGCCAGUGUCCUUACUCAGCUGCUCUCAGGGCCAGCCUGUUUGAGGUACACAGCAGAUCUGACACUGGCCAGUGUCCACCAUGAGGCUUUGACCCUUUGGUGUGUCUUUUGUCUGAGAUGCAGUGAUUUCCUGUGUGCAAUGCCUGUGCUGAAGGAUUUGAGUGUAGUUUGGGGUGUGGAUUGACCAGGAGCACUGGCUCAGCAGGAGCACAUGCUUUUAGUGUAGAAGCCAAGUGCAGUCUGCAUUAGAUUCCAGUUGCCCACUGUCUUCAGAGAAGCACAUCUGGUACCCUGAGGAAGAGCUCCAGACCUUUGGUGUGCCAGGAGCUUCAUUUCACCUCUGAGUGGUUCUCUAAGUGAAAUUGAAACUAACAGACCACGGGGAGUAAGAAGUGUUACUGUGUCUCCAGGAAGAUAUCCUCACUGAAGCUUUGCCCACUACACAAAGAAACAGCUUUUUCAGUCCUCUGCAAUUCUUUGCUUCUUGCAGGGCUAGAAACUGGAAAGAGUUCUAAAGUUGAAAGAUGGUAAUGUUUUAAGUUAUCACUCCAAGAAGUGGCACCAGGACUGUUAGCCACAUUGUGAAGAUGGUCUGCCUAUACAGGAUCUCAACUUUCUGAAAAUAAUGUUUUGUGGUAUUUUUAAUUGCUUAAAAACCAGCACCUCAAAAUUUUCUUCUCCUACAGACCCAGAAUUUUUAAGAUAGAAACUUCUGUGAGCUGCUCCCUUUUAGAAUACUGUGAUUACAGUUUAAUGCCUUUUUCUUCUGUUCUUGCACUUCUACAUAUUCACCCCUUGGAAGAGGUAUAGAGCAUGUUCAGACUUUUUGUUUUAUUUAAGAGAAUUUUUUUUUCAUUCCAUCCUUAUUUGUUUUCCUAGAAAAAAAAAUUUAACCAUUAGUAUAUAUGUUCUUUUUUAGGAUACAACAUAAUGUUGAAACAUAACAUAAUGUUAUUUUUACCAUGCAGACUUUUCAAAAUGUGUAAUUUCUCAGGCUGUAGUCACAUAUGAGAGGAGAAAUUAUUUGGAAAUAGUACAUGUAACAAGCUGUCCUUACAGCACUGCAUUUUUCUGGCUUUGCAGAGAGAGGAGACUCUUUUUGGGUGUGCAAUAAAGAGGGGGAGAUUUUUUUUUUGAUAAAAUAGACUUCUGAGUUUUACUGAAUUGCUGGGGACCCUUUGGUUUGCAGUCUGUGGUUUUUGGUUAUUGCCAGUCAGAACUAGGUUUGUUUUGGACAGCUCUGGUUAACUAAGUUUAAGUAGUUAAGUUCUACAUCCUGGAAAGACCCUGCACAAAUUUAGACAUAUCAGGAGCCUGAUUUAAGAUUUAACAGAGUUAUUUCUGUCCUUCACAGUUUAUGCAGGGCUGAGCUUAACAGGAACUCCAUCCCUUGAGAACAUGAGAAUUAAGACAGAUGAAUGAGAAGAGAAGCUGAAAGUGGUAGUUCAGGAACAGAAAAAAAACCCUGUUUGCAAACUGUUGUUGAUGUAGCUUUAAGCAUUGAAUUAUAGAUUUGGAAUGCAAAUUUAUGUUUGUAUACUAUAUAUGUAAUAUAUGUACGCAUAUAUGA